AUGACAGUUCCUCUGCCCUCUUUAGAGGAGGGGGGCCUGGCUGCCCAGCUGGGGCUGGAGCCGCGUUUCCGGCCGCGAGAGGCGGUUGCCGCGGCAACCAGGAAGUGCUGCCCGGAGGGGCUUCCGGUCGCUCGUAAAAGCAUCCUCCCGGGAGGUUUCUUCUUCUUCCGCUGCCGCAGCCAUGGCGGGCUCGGGAAAGGGGAGGAAGCGGCGCUCUCCGGAGCCGCCGGCCUUCGACCCCAGCAGGAGGACCAGGACCUCUUUAGCAGGAGGAGGCGGUGGGGCAGUGGGGAGAGGGAGCCCCCUUCGUGGGAGCAGCUGCCUCCGGCCAAAGCCCCCCGGAAAUCCCACUGGGGUGGUAGCCCCAAGCGGGAAGGGGGGGUGCGGGUGCUGCUGACACCGCCAAGGCAGGGCAGCCCGGAGCAGGGGUUCCCCCAUGGGCAGCGGGACUGGGGAGAGUGGGACUCGGCGAGGCAUGGGGUCAGGGAGCAGCGGGCGCCGCCCCCCAGCAGCCCCCCUCGGGGCGGGAGCUGGUGGGGCGGGCCUGAGAGGAGGGAUGGGGAGAGCCCCGGAAGAGAGGAAAGGGGGUGGGGGAGGCAGCCAGAGGAGGGACCCCAGGACAAGGGCAGCCUCAAGGGCAGCCUCGAGCAGCUGGCUUCAGAGCAGGACGGGGACCAGUGGAGGAACCCCGACUGGGUUAAGGACCUACCCGUCAGCCUUGCCAGGGCUGGAAGCCCCCCGAGAUCUGACUGGCAGCAGAGCCAGAGCGGAGACCCCGACGGCUGGGGCAGUUUCCAGGGAGGGUGGGCCGCCGAUGGAGCCGAGGGGGAAGAGGAGCCGACCUGGGACAAUGCCGAAGACGACGCUGUUUCCAGCAGCUCGGCGGUGCCGGUGGGCUCGGACGGGGUCUGCUUCACCCCGCAGGAGUGGACGCCCUGCCAGGAGGUGGUGGACUUCUGGACGAGGGUGUGCCGCACCUGCCUGAGCCUCCGGCAGAGGAGGGCGCUCAUGUCCUUUUGCCCGCGCCCCACGUUGCCCGACAGGAGCCACGAGACGCCCGCCCUCAACGACGACUUUGCCAACCUGCGCGGCACGCCGGAACAGAGGGUGCUGUUGGGCGAUGCCCAGAAACUGGCCUGGCUCCAAGACGAGGUCCUGGACACACUGGCCCCGGCCAUGAGCAUCUACCAUAUGGCUGAAGAGGCCCUGGCGAAGCGGGAGCCUGUGGACUCCCUGGAAUUGCGGGGGGCUGCCCAGCGCCUCCUCCGCCUCUUGGGCAGCCUGAGCAACCGGCUGACCCUGCACCGCCGUGUGAAGGUCCUCCGCGCCAUUAACCCCCGCCUGCAGUCCGUCUCCUCCAAGAUGACCAGCCGCAACAGCAACGGGAUGCUCUUUGGCGAGGACAAAGUCCAGCUCCUGAAAGAGCUGCUGGCCAGGUUCCCCCAGCUCGCCCAGAACAGCGCCACCACCCACAAGCGGACCCGCUGCCACAGGCGGAGGAGCAAGGUGUACACCAGCAACCAGCCCCAAGGCGCAGGAACUCAAGGUGGUGGAAUGCUUUGCUUCAAGGAGGAGUUCCAGCAGACAGACACCAUCUCACAAGGUAUCUGGGCUGACACAGGUAGCUCCCUGCCCGAGACCCAGCCGGGCCAAGCGCCAAACUGGUCAUACUUCAGUUCCUGAUCGGUCGGGGACGGGGCGGCGGAAAAACCAAUGGUGCCCGCCUGCCAAACUCCCCCCCCCUUUCUCAGGGGUUAACUUGGCCUCACAGACGCCCAGAUGGAACCCCCCUCUUACUAAGGGCAGAGGGAACUAUCUUUGCAACAGAGAGUGGGAGCAGAGGGGCCAGGAAGCCAGAAGUGGACCGUUCCUCUCGACGGAAGAGAUCCCCCAGCGCUUGCCCCCCCUGCCUACUCAAGAGUCUGUCCCUUGGCAAGCCAAGCAGGGCCACCAUUGAGCAGUUGGGGGGCUGCAGGGCAGAAUGGGACCCCAGGAGCCGAGAAGACGACACUUUCGAACACGACUCUCCCCAAUCCUCUCUUGACUCUGCAGCAAGACUGUCUGGCCCCCUUGGGGGGGGGCAAGCUCAAGCAGGGGCUUUUUAGUGCACCCCACCCCCCAGUGAAAAGGCCUCUUGGUUUUUAGAGAGCAGACAUAGCUUCCUUCCCUUACAUGAAGAGUUUUUUCUCCCAACUGUACAAAGGUUUCUGUUUGAACUUGAUUUUGUUUGUUGUUGAAAAUUUUCUGUGGUUUUUAUUUGGGGGGGGGGUGCUUGCUGGCACCUGGAAACCCCUGAACCCUCCUUUCCCCCCCUCCCUUUUAAAGGCCUUUUGCCUCACAACCGAAGGGAGCACCUUUUUUAACUCUUGGGCUUUCCUGCAUUUUCGUUUCCGGACGGAGGCGUCUUGUGGCUGGGAGUUCCAGCUGGGCUCAUCUUUUCUUUUCUUUUUGGCCUGCUUCCCCUCUCAAAAAAAAGUUUUCACCUGGGGGCAGGAAACAGACCCUCCAUGGGACUCUUUUUUUUGGCCGACGGUUUCCCCAUGUCAGAUCUCUGGCGGACACUCUGUUUUCCCUCCUCCGCCCGAAUCGGCUGCUUGGCUGAAGAAACCACAUCCCGGCGGUUGAGGUCUGGGAGGAGGACCCCCCCCCCCCAGGUUAAGAGGACCACGUUUGUUCUGUUCCCUGAAGGACGUUUGAUGGAUUCCUGCAAAGAGGGUCCCGGGUAGCCGACCGAUUCCUUAUCGGUUUGCGACCGAAGCGGCCCCCGCGGCGAUCGGAACUGGAGCAAGACCUCAGAAGUCUGUUUCUUGACCUUCUCUAGUUGAAUAAAUGUUC